AUGCCUAAAGAAAGAAGUAAAGCAAAAGAUUGACACAUAUUAUGCAGUUUAAAUAUAGCAUACUAAGUAGGAUAGGGUAUGGUAUGUCACAUAAGACGAGUACGAUGUAGUAGGUAGCAUAGGGUAUGGUUUGGCAGGGUUAAAAUAUAAAGUGGUAGGGUUGGGUAGGGUUGAAAUCGGUUGGGGUAGGCUUAGAAAAGGCUAAAACAGCCAGGGGUAAGGUCAGGGCGAGGUCGGGUAGGGCUAUAAGUACUAUAUUUAUAAAAAUAGUAUUUUUUGUACUGCACGUUCUAAACUUGGUAUAAAUUGACCAAUGAUACUAUUAUAUUGAAUAAUUUUUUGGGCCCGGGACAAAAUGGUGAGAGUGCGCAAUUAGGCACACUGCGUGAUGCAGACGUCAAUUAUUGGUAAAUUUAUGGUUUUUAGACUUUACCUCCUCAAAGCUGACGAGCAACGAGCGAGAGAUCUCGCUGAAACGCGUAUCAGAGUGGAGAUUAUCGAUACAGGGGCCCAGCCGCUUCCCCGCCGCACAUGGGGUGCCCACAGACAGUUUGAGGGCGGCUCGAAUUGGACGAAGGCUGACUUCUACAAAAGGCUUGGCUUCGUAAGUACCUUUUACUGUUAAACCAUUUUUUUUAAUUUCAAGGGCCUAAAAGAUCCCAAAAAUAACCAAAAAUAAUUUUACAGGUCGAAUGUCUGA